AUGUCACAAACAUUACAAAUCUUGUACCAAAACACUUCCCUCAAAUUCCAAGCGUCAGAAACCAUCGAAAUCAAAACAGAAAAACCGAUCACAUUCAUUAACGUCGGAACAACUACAAAGCAAUCAAAUGACGGAAUCACUGACACCCCGUUUUAUUAUGACGUCCCGAUGUCACUUUUCGGAAAGAACGCUCGACAAGCUCUUAAGCAAAUAAAGACCUUCAAAGACAUCAAAUUUGAUCAGAAGAAACAUCCCUAUUUGGCAGAGACACAAAACAUAUUGAAAGGCGUCUUUGUCUGUGAAAAGGUCGGGAAGAGUUAUCAAGUGACGUCAGAACAAAUGAUCUUGGACGAUAAGAACUUGUUAUUGAAAUGUGAGAGUCGCGACCCCGAGUCUUUGAGUCGAACUUUCGAACAACAAAUUCAUUAUGACACAACACUGUAUUACGCAUCGGAUAUGUACGACAUUACUAAUGAUGUUCUGACUACUGACGUCACUUAUAUGAACAGUGAUAUUCCUUUCUUCUGCUUAUUCCCUCUUUUCAUCACACAAAAUUCUUUUAUACUCAGACAAGACGAUUCUUCGCCAAUCAAAAGGGUUGUGUUAUCCCCACUUACUCUUGUACUGCCAUUUUUGAGUAACUUCUCCGUGUUCAAAUGCUUUCCGGAGAGGUGUGUACCAUCGCUCGAUACAAUGACGGAAUAUUUAUUAAGUUACUCUCUCGGAGACUUACUUCUGAAGCUCAAGUCGACAUUUCCGAAACGGAAGAAUGAUCACAUUAAUGACCUUUUGGAUCAAACAGUAAGGAUUUUACAAGACAGUGAAAACACUCUACUCAUGUCACUGAAGUCUCCAUUCUUCUAUCAAGCAAACACGUAUAAGAAGAUCAAAGAAGUCGAUAUUGAUAGUUUGGGCAUUCGCCCGUGUAUCAAAGAAGCUGGAAGAGGCGCGGUCGGAACCAUUUUCCAGUCGAUGUGUCGGAAGUACGCGAUUAAAGUGUGUAAGGCGGAGUAUGAGGAAUUCACUCUUCGUGAGGUCAGAGUACUGAAGAUGCUGAAUCAUCCGAAUAUACUCAAGUUUGUAGCGUAUGGAUCAAAUACGUUAAUCACUGAAUGGUGUUACUAUGGAUCGAUUGACGACUUCAUGAAAGUGAAACGAUUUGAAAAUCAGGUGUUACCACCGAACUACUUUUUACACGUUGUUUCGCAGUUUAACGCGGGGUAUGACUACUUAUACACUAAUGUCCAAAUGGUGCAUAGAGACAUCAAAUAUAACAACAUCUUCAUCACUAUUGACCCGUCGUUGGGAAGUAAAGAACCCGAAAAUUUGGUUGUUAAAAUUGCAGACUUUAACACCACGCGAGUUGUGUCUGACGAAAUGCACACGAAGAUAGGAACACCGCAAUUUAUGGCACAGGAGAUAUAUAAGGGGAAAUAUGGAACGAAAGCUGAGGUGUAUGCUAUUGGACUGUUUUUGUAUUACCUUUUGGCGGGAACACUGCCGAGGUGUUGCUCUAACUCGUCGAUUGGAGAAACAGUCCCUGUCUCCUUUGUAACGGGGAUCAAAAGAGUGAACACCUUUUUGUACUCGCAAAUGGAAAUACUCAUACAGAAGAUGGUGGAGCCCAGAGAAAUAUACAGAAUAGGUUGGGAGGACUACUUGACCGCAUUUAAUAGCAUUCAAAAGAAGUGCAACAUAUUCUAA